AGGAGGUCGUGAAGGAGUGCUGCUGUACGCUUUGUGGUUCCAAUGGGCCAUCGAACGUUAUUUGAAGGAAAAAGUCAUGGACGAUGAGCAGAGCAUCAUUGCCGAGAUUUGGUGGGCUGGCCAUUUUAAGAUCCAAGGAUUCUAUGGAAUGGGUUGGGCUGAAGUCUUGGCACAGAUGUUGAUGGCAGAUGCACCUGUGGGUACUGGUGGUUCAGCUGCCUCCUUGGAGCACGCAGCUCGUUUGGGAAGAUGGUUUGGUGACAGCCCGACUCUCAUAUGGCGAAACACAGGAAAGCUUUGGGUGCCCAGGAACGAUUUCCAGCUGGUGGAAGCUCAAGUGGUGAACCAGAUCACGGACGAGCAAUUGGAACGGAUUUUGUACGGUUCAGCUUGCGCCAACAAGCAGAUCCCCCGGUUGAAAGCUCUAUGCGAAGAUCAUUUGGCACAACGAGCAAAAUUUGAUGCGUGUUGGGAGGGAUGGGCCAUGGGCGAAUUUGGCCAUUUGAACACGAGGUUCGGUUUGGAUGGUUUCCGCAUGAGGUGCGAGAUGCGUCUAAAGAGACGAGAAGAUAAGGUUAAAAAAAGACCCCAGAGAGAGAGAGAAAGGAGAAAAAGAGAAAGAAAGAGAGAGGAAGAGAGAGAGAGAGAGAGGCGCAUUAUGUUGGAUGUGACAUGAUGUGACAAGGUGCAGUGCAGUUGUUUUGGCGCUUUGCUUUGCGCUCGAUUAAGGUCACAACGGCAUCAAGGAGCGAGCUGGGCGGAACCAGGAAAUACCAAGGCGGAACAGAUGAUCGGGUCCAAACAGCCGCCGCCUUCGUGACCUUGCUUUGCGAGCUCCAAGAGGAGGAAGCAGAAGUAACUGCCCUACGUUCGGGCCUCGCGCACUACAUGUCUUGCUUUGAGGCAUGCCAGCGCUGGGCUGUUCUGAACAGAUUGUCCUGUCCCGCGUAGGGGUCAUGUAUUGGUCUCGAGCAUGGUGCGUUACCUUAUCAACUGAUCGAAGGUUUGGGCUUGCAAAAUCGGGGAUGUGGGCUCUCAAUUUGUAGUCUUUAUUGCUGAACGCAGUCAACAGACCGAGGGGAGGGUGGAAGGCCAGCGCGAAGUGCCAGGCGCAGAUAAAUCGCUCAAAGACAUAAAAAAGGAAAAAGGCGAUAAACAAAUCUAAACAACAAGUUCAACCAGGGUCUAUUCCAGGCAGGUUUCAUCAUAGUAGACUUUUGAAUGGUCGCUAUUCUGAAAAUAUGCAAAAGUAGCUCAUCUCUGGAAGUUUGGGGGAAGGCGCUCCCUGAUUGCAAGUUUGAAUUGAAUUGCUUAUGAUGUUUAGGGAUCUGACAAAAGACAAAAGCUACAAGAUAAGGAAUGGUGUGAAGGGCAGCGAAGAUAGGGGCUAGAAGUUUCAACGAAACUCGGGAUGCGGACGGAUGGAAAAGAUAUGAAAAGAUUAGAAAAGUAGACAGGAUGAUCCAGGAUGAGAGGUUCCAACGACAGGCCUCAGCAAGUACUAAGAGG